AUGGAGGAGGUGCCUCAGGGCUGUCCCGGGACCGGCAGCGCCCAGGCGGGCCGAGGGGCCUCAUGUCAGGGGUGCCCCAACCAGCGGCUCUGCGCCUCCGGAGCCGGCGCCGCUCCGGACCCAGCCAUAGAAGAAAUCAAAGAAAAAUUGAAGACCGUGAAACACAAAAUCUUGGUGUUAUCCGGGAAAGGUGGUGUUGGAAAAAGCACAUUCAGCGCCCACCUUGCCCACGGCCUAGCAGAGGAUGAAAACACACAGGUCGCCCUUCUGGACAUUGAUAUAUGUGGGCCAUCGAUUCCCAAGAUGAUGGGAUUGGAAGGAGAACAGGAGGUGUCCCUCCAGGACGUCCGCAAAGAAAUCAGCUUCUGCCACAAGGUGAAGCUGCCCAUCAUCGGAGUGGUGGAGAACAUGAGUGUCUUCGUCUGCCCCAAGUGCAAGAAAGAGUCUCAGAUAUUCCCACCAACGACUGGGGGCGCGGAGGUCUUGUGCCAGGAUCUGAAGAUCCCUCUCCUCGGAAAAGUGCCUCUGGACCCACACAUAGGUAAGAGUUGUGACAAAGGACAGUCUUUUUUGAUUGAUGCACCGGAUUCCCCAGCUGCUUUAGCCUACAGAGGUAUCAUUCAAAAAAUCCAGGAGUUCUGUGGUCUCCAUCAGCCAAAAGAAGAGCACCUCAUCAGCUCCUGAAACACAAGAGAAGACUCAAGACGCAAGCCACACUUGCACUCCAGCCUGAGCAGCGUGGGGACAAAGUGGGGUCACAGGCAGAAAGGGACCAGACUCUGGUAUGGCGUGAAGUCAUUUUCUUAGAGAUGCUUGAGUCAUAGGAUUUGUAUACUUUUCAACACACAUAAAGGCAUUCUUUACAAACACGCCUCUUAAAAAUAAGAACCUCAAACCUCUCCCCCAAGGCCUGCUUCCAGGAAAGAGCCAACGGCUUACUGGUCGGGGAACUCUCUGCUGGAAGCUUGUGCAGUUAUAGAACUUCUCCCUCAAGACACUGCUGCCUCAGAAGAUAAGCCUAAAAAAGAACCCCGGUGAUGGAUGUGUGGCUUCACUGCAAAACCCAGUCAUGGCUUCAAGUAGCACAGUCCAAACGCUGCUUCAGAAUGAGGGAAAAAUUAGUCCCCAGAAGCCCUUGAAAAGCUCUUAAAUCACCCAUGGAAACAGAAGAGGUCAUCUGUGUCUCUACCUA